UCGGUCCCUUCAGGUCGCAAACAACACUCGGGCAUUUCACAAAAGCACCCGGCCCCCUUGCUACCCUUGGAACCCCAGCCCGCUUCCCUGGAACCCUCUCUGCACAGAGCUGGUCACAUGAACUCGGGCUUUCUUCGGUGUGACGGGUGUCUUAGAUCCCUUUGUGAGCGCAGGUUUGAAAGGGAACGAGCGGGUUCUGGGUUUGAGACGAGCAGGGGAUCCGGCGGGGGGAAGGCUGUCGGAGCCAAUCAAGCCGCCUCCAGACCCCACCACGUCGCCUGGGCUGCGCGCUGUUAUUUCUCUUCGGCGCUCCCGCCUCCGGGUCUCGUCCUAGGGUGCCCGGGCAGGCGAAGACCCCAGGCCCAGCAGCUGGACAUGGAGACUCAGCGCUCAUCGCCUCUGUCAUUCCCCAGUGUUCUGCCGGAAGAACCCCCGCGACAGGGCCCUGCCGGUCUCCCCCGAGACACUCUGUUCCAGUCCCGCGUUCUUCCCCCCAAAGAAAUUCCUUCUCUGAAUCCCACCAUUCCCCGGCAAGGCUCCCUACCCCACACUCCCAAGCAAGAGACCUCGGGCCGGAUGCCACACGUGUCCCAGAAGGGACCCUCACUCCAGUACCCUGCUGUCCCUGAGCAAGAGACGCAGCGCCAGGGCCCCCUGACUUCCCAGGAGACCCAGUAUCCACCCCCAGCUGCUGCUGAUCAGGAGGUCUCCCUUCUCUCUCAGUCCACCCAUCAAGAAGCCCCACCCCGCUCCCCUGAAGUUCCUGAGAAAGAUCCCCUCACCCUGUCCCCCACAGUUCCCGAGACCAACAUGGACCCCCUGCUCCAGAACCCAGUUUCCCAAAAGGACACCCCCUUCCAGGUCUCUUCUGCAGCCCAGAAGGACACGCCACUGCCGACGGCGGAGAUCACCCGCUUGGCCGUGUGGGCUGCAGUCCAGGCGGUGGAGAGGAAACUGGAGGCCCAGGCCAUGCGGCUGCUGACGCUGGAGGGACGGACGGGGACAAAUGAGAAGAAGAUAGCCGACUGCGAGAAGACGGCCGUGGAGUUUGCGAACCACCUGGAAAGCAAGUGGGUCGUGCUGGGGACGCUGCUGCAGGAGUACGGGCUGCUGCAGAGGCGGCUGGAGAACAUGGAGAACCUGCUGAAAAACAGGAACUUCUGGGUCCUGCGGCUGCCCCCGGGCAGCACGGCGGAGGCCCCCAAGGUCCCUGUCACGUUCGAUGACGUCGCCGUCCAUUUCUCGGAGCAGGAGUGGGGUAACCUGUCCGAGUGGCAGAAGGAGCUCUACAAGAAUGUGAUGAGGGGCAACUACGAGUCUCUGGUUUCCAUGGACUAUGCAAUUUCCAAGCCAGACCUCAUGUCGCAGAUGGAGCGCGGGGAGAGGCCGACCAUGCAGGAGCAGGAGGACUCAGAGGAGGGCGAGGCGCCUGCAGAUCCCAGUGCUGCCCACGACGGGAUUGUGAUUAAGAUCGAGGUGCAGACCAAUGAUGAGGGCUCAGAGAGCCUGGAGACCCCGGAGCCCCUGAUGGGACAGGUGGAAGAGCAUGGCUUCCAGGACUCGGAGCUGGGCGACCCGUGUGGAGAGCAGCCAGACUUGGACAUGCAGGAGCAGGAACAUACCCUGGAGGAGGCUACGGAAGGCUCCAGCGAGUUCAGCGAGCUCAAGCAGAUGCUGGUGCAGCAGAGAAACUGCACAGAGGGGAUCGUGAUCAAAACCGAGGAGCAAGAGGAAGAGGAGGACGAGGAGGAGGAGGACGAGCUGCCGCAGCACUUGCAGGCCCUCGGGCCGCUGUCCGGCAGGUACGAGGCCAGCAUGUAUCCGACCCCGCUGCCCGGGGAGCUGUCCCCGGAGGGCGAGGAGAGCCCCCCGCCGCUGCAGCUGGGAAACCCCGCAGUGAAGAGGCUGGCGCCCGUGUCCCAUGGCGACCGGCACUCGAGCGACAGCCGGGGCUCCUCCAGCCAGCAGCAGCGGAACCGGCGCGGCGAGCGGCCCUUCACCUGCAUGGAAUGCGGCAAGAGCUUCCGGCUGAAGAUCAACCUCAUCAUCCACCAGCGCAACCACAUCAAGGAGGGGCCCUACGAGUGCGCCGAGUGCGAGAUCAGCUUCCGGCACAAGCAGCAGCUCACGCUGCACCAGCGCAUCCACCGCGUCCGCGGCGGCUACGUGUCGCCCGAGCGCGGGCCCGGCUUCGCCCCCAAGCACGCGCUCAAGCCACGCCCCAAGUCGCCCAGCUCGGGCAGCGGCGGCGGCCCCAAGCCCUACAAGUGCCCUGAGUGUGACAGCAGCUUCAGCCACAAGUCGAGCCUGACCAAGCACCAGAUCACACACACGGGCGAGCGGCCCUACACGUGCCCCGAGUGCAAGAAGAGCUUCCGCCUGCACAUCAGCCUGGUCAUCCACCAGCGCGUGCACGCGGGCAAGCACGAGGUCUCCUUCAUCUGCAGCCUGUGCGGCAAGAGCUUCAGCCGCCCGUCGCACCUGCUGCGCCAUCAGCGGACUCACACGGGCGAGCGGCCUUUCAAGUGCCCCGAAUGCGAGAAGAGCUUCAGCGAGAAGUCCAAGCUCACCAACCACUGCCGCGUGCACUCGCGCGAGCGCCCGCACGCCUGCCCCGAAUGCGGCAAGAGCUUCAUCCGCAAGCACCACCUGCUGGAGCACCGGCGCAUCCACACCGGCGAGCGGCCGUAUCACUGCGCCGAGUGCGGCAAGCGCUUCACGCAGAAGCACCACCUGCUGGAGCACCAGCGCGCGCACACGGGCGAGCGGCCCUACCCCUGCACGCACUGUGCCAAGUGCUUCCGCUAUAAGCAGUCGCUCAAGUACCACCUGCGGACACACACGGGCGAGUGAGCGCGCCCCCGCGCGGCCGCCAGGCCGGGUGUGCCGCCAGGUGCGCGGCCCAGCCCGCCCCUGGGCAGAUGCCUGGCUGCCGCGGGGCCCGAGCCCAGCGGGCGGGGUCCCCAGCCCCUUUGCUGUGAGCCCUCUUCUCCUUUCAUCCCUUCUCCCAAGGACACGGGGGUCCUGAGACCAGGUCGCUUGCUGCCGUGUUUACCCGGGGCCCCAGGGCGGGAGAACGCAAACCUGGGGAACCCUUUCGGGCUGUUAAUUUCCUUGACAAUAAAAUGGAUGAAACCAAUCAGCACGGGGGGAGUGAUUCGGCCGCCGGCCACUCGGAGGGUUGGUGCAGGGCCACUUAGUUGGGGAUAGAACUUUAUAAUUACCUUUUGGAUACUGUGGUUCUAUUUGAUAAUAAUAGAGUAAUUUUUAAAAGACGAGCGUUUCCUGUUUGCCGUUUUUGUUUGGUUUUGAAGGGGAGGGGUUGAGAAGGUGUCCAAGGGACGUGUGCCUAGUGUCAGCUGAAAGGUGCUGUUGUCUCAUUUAUGUGCUUAUUCCUUGUAUUGGGUGGUGAAGGGGACGCAGAUCCCACCGAUUAUGAAAUCGAAAAGAGGAUGAGGAGCUUGAAAUAGUGAAUGAGCUUAAGGAAGGGUGGAAGCUCCUGGCACCUUGAUGUCGGAGGACAGUGGGCAUUCAGGAGGGAGGCAGGAAGAGCGACAGAUCUGGAAUGGGCCGGAAAGACGGUCCUACAGCAAACGCUGGGCGCGUCCCUCGGGACCAAGCAGCCUUCCUGCCCAGCUUGAAAUGUGGCUGGUGGAGGGGUGGCGAGGAGAAGGUAUCAGGAAGGGAUGCAGAGGCCCCUGGUGCCAGUCUUUGGGGAAACCACAAAAGGCACCAUUCAGAACAUUUUCUACUUGUUAUUUGUAUGUUGCACCAAAGCGACUCUUUAUCUGUUAAAUGCACGAAUGUACCCUGGUUUCACGAGGUAUUCAUUUCUCAUUGCCAUCCAUUGAGGCCUAGAGACAACGUGGGCAUAUUACGUUGCCCACAGAGCGAUUGACUCUUGCUCUGCUCCUGGGCCUGGCGGUGGCCCAGAGAGAAUUCCGGCCAUUCGAGGAGUCGGUUCGUGGAGGCUAGCAGAGUGCCCAGCUCAGCCAGGAGAGCUGGGAAGGCCAGACUUCUGCUCAAGGCAGAGAGACUGGCCUGAGAGACAGGAACUGCUGAAGGCAGGCAGACUAAGUCGUGAGUCUGGGGUGGUGAGGAAGGGACAAGACACUAAAGGAUGUGCGGAAAAGGGAGUGAGAGCGGGGAGGUGCUCCAUUCUCGACUGAGGGACCACAGAGGUCAUCAACCCCUCCUCUCCUGAUAAAGAUGCGUAAACUGAGGCUCAGAGAGGGGAAGUCAUACCCAAGAGCCCACAUUUAAAAGGAUAUGACUUCUCUACACUGAACAUUUCCGAAAGGAUGGUAGGACAUCAGGGCAGGCGGCCCGAGUCGGGGGCAGAGGCCCGGGCUGGCGUGAUGGGAUGGAGAGGCCCCCAGUCUCGGCCCUGAUCUCCAGAAGCAGCUGGAGAGUAGAGUGAUUCCCCAGAAGCAAGGAGUUCCAUUCGUGAACAGUAAACACUGAGUGCCAGGUUUGCGGAAGCUAGCAGUUGCUCUGCCGACUGGAGGAGGAGGAGCCUGGAGAAGUCAGGACAGCUUCUCGGUGGAGGUGGAAUUCCAGGUGCCUCUGUGGGCUGGGAGGAGUCCACAGAUGAAAAAAAUGCAGGCCUUUUGGUGGGGUGUCCUUUAAGGCAGAAGCGUGGAAAGUGGGCUCCAGUUGAUUCCGGAGCAGUGAUUGAUUUUGGAGAGGGCUUGUGGAGAGAAAACAGGAUCGAAGUUUGGCUUGGAGUAGACUGGGGGUGCAGAGGGAGUCUUCGAUCUAAGACUUCAAGAUGGAGUUGGAAUUUGAUCUGUGUGAGAAACCAUUGAGACUGCUGAGCAGGAGAGGGAACGGAUGCACAUAGGGAAUAAGAGGCUGAACCUGAAGGAGAAGGAAACUUAUCACUGUCAGACGUACGGGAGAAACAGACCUGUUCGAUGGAGGUGCCACAGAUAAAGGAACUAGUGGCUGGCGGUUGAUGGGAUGACGGUUGAUGGGAUGACGGAGGAAAUGGCUCUUUUGAACUCUGGAGUGUUUGCAGUUGCUAAGGGAUGUUAGCAGAGAUGUUUUGGAGAUAUUUGGUGGAGAGCCAUCGCCGCUCCAAAUCUUGACUAGUCCCGGGAUUUACGGUUCUAGUCCUGAGAUGUUCCGACUUGAGCGGUGGACCACAGUAGUUUAGGGUGAAAUCCAAGAUAGAAACUCAGCAACUUCAUUUGUUGUGCGUUACUGGGGCAUCCUCAGAGCGCCUUGGGGGUCUGAGCAUUUUUUCCCCCAGGCAUCUGGUUUCUAAAGGAUGCAAUAUAGUCAAGGGCUGGUACUUCUUAUACGGAGCUGGACUGUAAAGGGGCUCUGUACUCCUCCUUCCCCUUCCUUGGCUCUGCCCCCCAUCUUCAUGCCUCUUCCUUCGAGGAGCCCAGCACCCUCCACUCCAGUCAUCUCUCCUCUCAUCCCAACUCCUAGACCCCAUCGUGCUUCUCACUUUCCAUCUUCCAUAACCUCUGUAGCAGUCCAAGGCCAACAUCUACAGGGGAUUCUCAUCAAAGCGUAGACAGACACUGGAGUCGAACAGAUGUGGAUUUAAACUUGAUAGCUGUGUGGCCUUGUACAAGUUAAUUAACAGAAUAUCAAUUUCCUCACCUGUUCAACGGGGAUGAUAAAGUUUCCAUUGUUCUGAAGCUUAAAUAACAUAUAACAUAAAUACAUAGCAAAGACGCUGGCACCUGCAGAGCCCUCAGAUUAAGUUGGCUAAUUUCAUUAUUAGCUUUUAGCUAAUGAUGGCUUAACUUAGUAAAAGGAGAAGUUCAGGUAGGUCAUGGGCUGGUGGUAUAUUUAAAAAAAAAAAAAAAAAUCUCUGAGAAGGAAAUUUCCCCAGCCAACAGAAGCAGAAAAUUAUUUGGUGUGAAGGAGUUCAAAUCCAACCACACAGGCAGCUACACUUGGUCGUGAUGUCAGAGCAGACGGGUUUAAAAGUCACCUCUGAGCCACACGCUCGAGUUAGUAGCGGGGUGGAGCCCCUGCUUGCUGGGUGUCUGGUGUGCUUUUACAGUGCUUUCUUAGGGUGCACUUCAUUUAAUUAGAAAGCAAGACUUUCAAAUUCCUAACUUGCCCAUUGUCAUCGGCCCCAUGGAGCUGUGUACCAGAAAGAAAAAUUGUCAUUUAUUGAAUGCGUCUUCCUUUUGAAGACUUUGCAUAUAUCACCUCAUCACUCUGCUGUAUGCAUCAUUUUACUCAUUUUAUGGGUGAAGGGCGUGAGGCUCAGAGAGGUUAAGUCGGCCCAAAGUCACGCAGCACCGAGUUAGUGGAGUCAGGAUUUGAACUCGAGUCUCUGUGACUCCAAAGCCCACGCACUUGACCGCAGAGUUCUUUCCUUGGAACCUGAAUUGUUAUUGAAAAAGAGAAAGCCAGCGCCUCUUUCCAAUUAUUCCAUUUUAUCCUUCGAUUUUAAAAUUUAAGACGAAAUUAGGGAAAACAGAAUACAUCAAGCAGAAUGUGCUUUGUGCCAUAUAUUUGCCAAAAUUAUUAAUGUAGUAAGAGACGCAGUAAAGGCCCCUGUGUUGAACCUAUCGUUUUACAGCUGGAGAAAUUCAGAUGGAGAGGAGCAGGUAGUCUGUGCUCGCUCACUCAGGUGGGGGGCAGCGAAGGGAGCAGGGCUUGGGUCUGGCACCUUAGGGGAUGCUCAUUGUCAUACAAGCGACCCUCCCCCCCCACCCUCCGCCUCCCCAGUAUGUAUUAAGCACCACUUGUGCAAUGCAUUGUCCUGGGCUCCUGGAAGAAACAAAAGGAUUAGGAAACCAUCUACUGCCUUGAGGGCCCUUAGAAUCUGGUGGAGACUCUGGCCUAAUUCUCUAGACUUAGCCUUUGGGGCUCUGGCAAGCUGAGGCCAUCUCAGAAACCUGUAGGUGGAUAUCUUUGCAGAGAGAGCCACACCUCCAUCUUUUCCUUGUCCCUCCUGUUAAUCAGGGUAGCUUUAACCAGCCAGGUGUCUGUGGGGACCUUUCCUGAGGCAAUGUGGUAGCGACUCCUCAGAUUAAGGGAUCAGGGACGAGGCCUCUAGGCCCUACUGUUGCCAGGGCAACGGUGAGUCAGGCCAAGGCCUCUCUGGCUUUCUGGAAAGCAGUUAGACUGCCAAACCUCUUGCUGCUUCCCAGGCAUAGAGGAAACUUCUAGAUUUAAAUUUUUUUAAAAAAUCAAUUCUGCAUUUGCCACUUCCAGUUGGGUUCCUUGAAAUGAGUCUUUUUUUGUUAAAACACAAUAGAAUCUAACCCUUUUAUUUCUGUUUUCUACAAAAGGUAACUCUAGGCUAAGAGAAUGUUUUUAAAAAAGAAAAGAAGGAAGAGGAAAAAAGGAAAGGAAGGAAGGAAAAGAGAAGGAAAUAAAAGAAAAAUUAAACCAAGUCCUACUGAUAGUGAAUGGCCUUACAUGAAAACUUCUGGUAAGCUGUCAGACCUAGCUGUGAUUUUAUUAGGGACAAUAAUAAUCAUCGCUACAGUUCAUCGGGUCUUACCAUGUUCCAGGCACUGUGCUAAGUAAAUGCUUUCAUAUUUUAUCUUGUGACAACCUGUGAAAUUGUAUUCGUAUCCCCUGCAGAUGAAGUUCAGAGAGGUUAAGCGAUUAGCCCAAGGUCACGUGGCCAGAAUUUAAACCUAACUGUGUGCUGUUAACUGCUGUUAUAUACUGCCUCCCAAUUUCUUCAACGUGGAUCCUUAAUA